UGUGGGGUAAAGAAAGAGUUAAUAACAUUCCCAGAAAAUCAAUAAUGAGUGCCUUCCAGCUGCAAAUGCAUUAUUGCUUGGACUGGAAAGUGAGAGGAAAAGAAGAGGAAAGGCCGAAAGGGGCCAUCCCACCAAAAGCAAGAGGAGGGAGUGAAAGAGGCGAAAAGGGGCGUGUAUCUUUCUACACGGGUAGGAAUUUGGAACCCAAUUCCCAGUCAACUGAGAAACCACCAAAAUUUUGAGAUUUCCCUCAGCACAGUUUUGUUGGUUCAUCCAUGGCUCUGUCCCCAGUUCACAAGGCCUCCCAUUCCAGAUCUACUUCUUCUUCUCCGUCUGGACUAGGUUAUGACGUGUUCCUGAGCUUCAGAGGUGAAGACACCCGAAAGAACUUCACUGAUCACCUCCACACGGCCCUUCUCAACUCCCGAUUUCGAACUUUUCGGGAUGACCCAGAACUCAAAAGAGGGGAGAAUAUCAAGGAAGAGCUUGAGAAAGCCAUUCAACAGUCACGAAGUUCUGUCAUUGUGUUUUCGAAAGACUACGCCUCUUCCAAAUGGUGCCUCGACGAGCUUGUCAUGAUCCUUGAACGCAAGAGGACCUCCAAUCAUUUCGUUUUACCAGUCUUCUACGACGUGGAUCCAUCCCAUCUGAGGAAGCAGACUGCAAGUGUUGCAAAAGCAUUUACUGGACACCAGAAAACUCAAUCGUUGAGUAAAGUGAGAAGAUGGAGGGCAGCACUUAGAGAAGUUGCAGAUCUAGCAGGAAUGAAUUUACAAAAUGAAGCUGACGGGCACGAGGCUAAGUUCAUCCAAAAGAUUGUUACAGUGAUUCAAGACAAGCUAGGUGCUGUUAUUGUGCCCCUAAGUGAUGUCCAGAAGGAAUUAGAGGAAAAGUUGUUAUCUGUUAACCCUGUUCUUGAUGACGCCGAGGGGAAGCAACUGAAGUUCCAAACGACUGUGAAGCCAUGGCUCCAUAAGCUUAAAGAGGCUGUCUAUGAGGUUGAGGACCUGUUGCAGGAGAUCAAAACUGAAGCAUUGAGGCAAAAGAUAGAACACAAAUAUGGGAGUAGCACCAGUAAGGUACAAGAGCCCAUCUCUACUCCAUCUCAUGCCUUUGACUCAGCUUUAAUAUGCUCCAGGGUAGAAGAAGUUCUUAAGAGACUAGACAACAUUUCAAAGCAGACAAAAGAUGUCCUGGAUUCAAAAAUAACCGCUGGACACAGAGUAUCACAAACACUAUCGUCAACUUUUUUGGUAGAAAAGUCUGUGUAUGGAAGAGAUGAAGAGAAAGAAAGAUUGAUUAAAUUAUUGCUAUCAGAUGAUGAGACUGGCAAUGAAAUAGGUGUGAUUCCUAUUGUGGGUAUGGGUGGAAUCGGAAAGACCACCCUUGCCCAAUUUGUAUACAACGAUGCUAGAGUGAAGCAACAUUUUGACCUCCAAGCAUGGGUUUGCGUUUCAAAAGAAUUUGAUGUUUUUAGGAUCUUACAACACAUUUAUGAGUCCCUCACCAAAAAAACUUGCAAGAUCACGAACCUUGAUCUGCUUCUAUCAAAGUUGCAGGAAAUUUUGACGGGGAAAAGUUUCUUCUUUGUUCUUGAUGACAUCUGGAACAAGAAUUAUAACCAGUUGGAAUUCUUAAGGCGUCCCCUUGAGUCUGGAGCACAUGGAAGCAGGAUCAUUGUCACAACACGCGAUGAAAAUGUUGCACGUAUGAUGGGUAGCCUUAAAGCUCAUCGUCUCAUGCCAAUGUCUGAGGAAGAUAGCUGGUCUUUAUUCGAAAAACAUGCCUUGAAAAAUGCAGGUGUUGGUACACACUCACAUCUUGAAAAAAUCGGUAGACAAAUUGUUCGAAAGUGCAAUGGUCUUCCUUUGGCUGUUAAGUCCCUUGGGGGUCUCUUAUGUUCUAAAUUGUUAGUGGAGGAAUGGGAAAGUAUAUUGAACAGUGACAUGUGGGAGUUUUCACCGGAUGAGAGUGACAUUCUGCCAUCUCUAUGGUUGAGUUAUCUAGAUCUGCCUCUACAUCUCAAGCGUUGUUUUGCCUAUUGUUCACUAUAUCCCAAGAACUAUGAGUUUCAAAAAUCAGAGUUGGUUUACUUGUGGAAGGCUGAAGAUCUAUUGCAACAUAAAAAAAUCAAAAUGGCAGAAGAAGUUGGACAAGACUACUUCAAUGAUCUAAUCUCACGAUCAUUUUUUCAACUUUCAUCAAGUUCCGAUCAAUAUUUCAUGCAUGACCUUAUCCAUGAUUUAGCAAGCUUUGUAUCUGGAGAAUUUUGUUUUAGGUGGGGGGGCAGUGAUUCACCCAACAGUUUGAGCAAGACUCGUUAUUUUUCAGAUUAUCAUGAUGAAGCUGAUAGCAGUACCGUAGAGAUGUUUGAGGCUUUACAGCAAGCUAAAUGUUUACGCACCAUUCUAUCAUUAAAACCAUGUCGGUGGUGGAUGUUAAAAGCACGAUGUGAUAUAUUGCCAAAAUCAAAAUGUUUAAGAGUGCUCAAGUUAUACGGGUACAAUAUUAAGGAAUUGCCUGAUUCAAUUAACAACUUCAAACAUCUUAGGUACUUGGACUUGUCUUGGACUCCCAUCCAAAAGUUACCUGAUACAAUUUGUACGUUGUAUAACUUGCAAGUAUUGUUGUUGUCAAACUGUAACUACCUUACUGAACUGCCAGCCAACUUGGGAAGAUUGAUCAACUUGAGCCAUCUGGAUACUACAUGUAUGAAGUUAAAAAAGAUGCCACCUGAUAUGGGUAACUUGAAAGACCUCCAGAUGCUACCCGAGUUUGUGCUAGACAAAAAUACUGCAGGGGAUAGUUUGGCAGUGUUAAAGAAGCUUGAAAAAUUGCGUGGAAGACUUCGUAUCUCAGGGCUUGUGCAUAGCAGCGGUUUGGAGGCCUACAUACUGAGGGACAAGAAGUUUCUUAAGGAACUGGUUUUGGAUUGGAGAAGGGUUUGGGGAGAAGAAGAGGAAACAGAAGAAGAAGAGUCAAGUGAAGAAGCCAAUAAUACUGUGGAAGAAAGAGAAGUGCUUGAGAAGCUCCAACCUCACAUGAACCUGGAGAGCCUUACAAUUGAACGUUAUGGAGGCAAAAUGUUUCCAGGUUGGUCAGAAUAUUAUUUUUCUUCUGCUCUUGUUUAUCUUAAACUUGUUAAUUGUGAGAAUUGUAUCUCCUUGCCACCAUUGGGACAGCUACCUUCCCUCACAGAGCUUGAUAUUUCUGGGUUACAUGGAGUGGUGUCCAUAGGUUCCGAAUUCUAUUGUAGUGACGGCAAUACUACUACUUGUGUGAAUAAACCAUUUAGAUCUCUACGGGCUUUAAAAUUCUACAAUAUGAGAGGGUGGCAAGAAUGGUCUUAUGUUGGAGGUGAAAAUAAAGAAGGUGGGGUUUUUCCUAAUCUUGUUCAACUUGAAAUAUAUUCCUGUCCCAAUCUUACCGGAAGAUUAGCGUCAUAUAGUUUCCCGUCUCUUGUGUCUUUGUCCGUAUUGAAUUCCCCAGAAUUCGAAUGUUUUCCGGAAGGUGGAUUCGCAUCAAAGUUAAAAUCACUUGACAUCAGCGGCUGUAAAAAAGUGAAAGCAAAGAGUAAGCAGAAUCUGAACAAGGGUCUCCGGGCACUCACCUCUCUUGAAAGAUUGUCACUUGAUUUUGACUGCGACGAAAAUGUAGAGUGGUUUGCGGAGGAGCAGGAGGAGCUGUUUCCCAGCACUCUUACAUAUCUCCAGAUCUGCCAUCUGAAUUGUGAGACCAUCCACGGCGCCAAGUGGUUUGGCCAUCUCAACUCUCUUCACACAUUGAUUAUAUUUAAUUGCCUUGCGCUCCGGUGCCUGCCAGAUAGUGGACUGCCCACUUCUCUUUCUCAUCUAAAUAUUCAUGGAUGCCCUUUGCUUGAGAAACGGUGCCAAAGAGAGACGGGUGAAGAUUGGCCCAAGAUUGCUCACAUCAAGCGCAUAGUUAUCAAUUUGGAUAUGAUAUGACAACGACAGAGGGCUCGCAUUCUGAUCAAUUUGGCCAUGUCUCAGAGGGCUUGCAUAUUCUGCGUGUAAGAUCCUAUUGUUUGAACUCAUUGUUGAUUCCACACUUCUAGGGUCUUGCUUGAACUCAUGAUCGAUGGGUUUGAGAAAAUCGGAUUGACAACGACAUGCCAUAUGAAGGAGAAACAGACGAUUUCCCUUUCCAUUUCCUAGCAGAGAUGAUAAUCGAUUUUUGCAUUUAUUUGAUUAAAUUAUCUCUCUACAAUUGGAACGGUGAUGUGGUUUAGCUUUGUUCUUUAAGUUGGUGAUGCAUUUAUAGUAGCAGAAAAGAUAUUAAGAAGCUACAAAGUCUGCUAAGCUUGAGAAAGUUGAAGAAAGAGUGGUGUGAACUGUGAAGUAACAGCAUCAAGUGUUUUAUGUGUGGGAGCUUUAUCUCUAAUGAUCUUCGGAUACUGAUAGCUUAAUUUAUCAAUUAAAAUCAUACAACUCUGAAAAGCCUGUGCAAAAACAACAACAAUAUUCUUCUCAACUCAACUGAAGUAAAGGUAACCUGUGAUUCACAACAUAAUUUCAGCUAUUUUACAAUUUGGCUUGUAUGUUGACAGCAAAAGAAAGAGAAACUAUAAGUUUCUCAACGACUAGCUUAUAACCUCUGCGAUAACCUCCGGCACCUGUUUUAAGAGUCGCUCUUGUUCACAUGCUUUAGUAGUUCUCUUUGGUCCAAGUACAAAAAUGACUCACUUCUCCGUCUCUUCUCAUUUGCCCAAUCAAUACAGUUCUGCAACCUCACCAACUCUCUUGCAAUCCAAUGCUUGGUUAUGUCUGCACGCAGCUCUCUUGCCUUGUGUUCAAGCUCAAAAACAGUAGGUCUUCUUAGCAAGUGACAGUUUGCCACAUCUUGUUGCAAAUCCUCGCAUUCCUCCUCGGUGAAGUCACAAUCUGAAAGAUGAGAAACAGAAAUAUCUCUGGUCACAUAAUUGGAUAAAACUUGCAAGAAAAACUCACUGUUUGAGCUCUUCUUACUUAUGCCUUGAACUUCUGCAAGUUGGUGAGAAUUUGCCCUAGAAUAGUCUCUCGGAUCAGUUUUGACUCUCACAAAACUCCCAACUACUUUGCUUUCCCACCAAUCAGGCUGCAGCUUCAUUAACUCCUCCACCAAGCUCUUUUUCAAGUAGACAAGCUUGAUGUUUUCAGCAACUAAAGAUGCACAACGACUUUUAUUCCGAAUAUUGCUAGGAAGAUUGAUAGGCACUUCUGUUGAAUUCAUUCUGUCGUCCUCAUCUUCUGAUGUGAUUUCUUCAGAAUCAUCAUCACUUUCGCUUUCAUAUUCUGAUGAGCUUUCUUGAUCUUCAAGCAGAACAAGAUCUAAACAGCUCUUGCAAAUGCCUCUUUUAUUUCCUAUAACCACUGGAAACUCAGAAGCACUACUAAUGCAGCAGUUUCCACACAACACUUUCGCACAACAAAAGCAAGAAAGCUUUACUGGUGUUCUUCUACUGCACACUGAACAAGAUUGCCAUCUUCGUGUCCAUAGCUUUCCACCGUCAGUGAAGGGUCUCAUUUUUCCCUACACAUUCGGGAUGGUGAACUUUUAGGUAGUUCUGGUAGUCGAACAUGGUUGGAUAUUUUCUCAAUAAAAAAAGGUGAUUGAGAAAUAGUAUUUUCUGGGGUUUGGGGCUGACAAGAAUCAAAAGAUUGCUUAGGUUUCAGAGGAGAGACGAUGAGUUUUUCUCUUGGUGAAAUGGCGAGUAGUGAAAUGUCAUGGCUAGCUCUUUAGUCUCUAUUUAUAAACAUCCCAGAGAAACUAAUGUCAUUUCCAAGUGAGAGAAUUGGAUUCCUUCCCUACUAAGGAUUGGAAUCCAAAGUUGCAAAAAUAUUUUCCUUGCCUUGUAAUAAAAGGCAAGUUGCUCGUAUCUGCCUAAUUGAUUAGGAAAAAUGAACACAAAAAAAUCCGAUCAGAGACUUGUUCAACAGCCACUGUUCUUCGGCGUGUCAAACAGAUUAUUGACCACGUAUUACUGAGCACCUGGGUUUUACCCUUCAUAUAUUACUGUUCUGUCUGCUUCUCUUGUAUAUUAGCAAAGAAAAACUGUAACUAAGAGGCCUGCGUUUUAUUUUCAAUAGAGGAAAUCACAUCACCCUUACUAUUUCAAUCACUGCAAGCAUUACAUAAGGUUGUUUCUGAGAUCAUACAGUUGAACUCGUUAUUACUGCUGUUAGUGUAAUGUAUGAGUUCAACUGAAAAUAAAAUGUAU